UUGGGCUGUGCGGUUUGCCUUGCCUUACUUGAUGAACAAGACAUCCCAUGCUGCAUACUCAACUAAGUUACAGUAGAAGUAGAAGUAGAAGUACUCUUUAAGUGUAUAUUUGGGGGGGGGGGGGGCACUAAUUAAUUGCUAUUGAUCCAUCCCUAUGUCAUAUGAUCUAACCUUGCCCUUAUGCCUAUCUAUGCCUAUACAUUUAUAAUAAUAUCAGCAUCAUGAUUAUAACUUCAUAAGUUAAUUAAUUUUUAAAUUAAAUAUUAAACUUAUUACUUAUUAACUACCAGAUAAAUAUAGAGUAGAGUGGUCAUUCAAACAAAUUCUUCUAAGGCCAAGGCAGAACUCCAGAACCAGUGUGCCAUGGGCUGCCACACUGAUGUGCCAUGACAUGAGAUGCUAGGGCUAAGUGUGCAUUGAGAUGCUAGGUGUGCCAUAACAUAUUCAUAUUGACUCCAAGACUAAGAGUAGGAAAAGCACAACCUUUGUGGUGGUGGUAUUUUAUGGUUGAUAAGUCAAAAUGAUACACAAGUGUGUUGAUAAAACCAUGACAAAUCUUUUGCUGAUACCAAACUCAAACAGGCAAACUUUGGCAGUCAUACAUCACAGAAUAUGUGAAUAAAGGUCUUAUACUUAUACUGCUAGCUAAACUGAUUCAUCAUCUACAAUCAAAAUCAUUAGGUCUAACAAAACUAAGCAAAUUUUCAGUUAAAAUCUUUGCAGCUGCAAAAAUGAGAGUAUCUUUUACCUACAGUUUCCUAAGUUAUUUACAUUAAAAAUUAAUUUGCACGUCAGAAAAAAAUUUAUAGUGGUGAAACUUUCAUGCUACCAGUUUGUAUGAAAAUCAUUAGAUUGUCACCACUUCAUGCUACCAGUUUGUAUGAAAAUCAUUAGAUUGUCACCACAACCAAGACAUACAGGAAAAAACAAGCCACUAUUUCAGCAUAGCUUGGACUCAACAUAAAUAGAAAGAAAAAUAAAGGUUUUGAAGAUAAACACAUCCAACCAAGAAUAUAUCGCCUUGGCAGAAAAUGCACUGGAAGAGGUGAAGGCUACUUACGUGGGCAGCACCAUAGACAUAAAUUAAAUGGGGGAUCAGAAGCAGAUGUUAGGGCUAGAAAAGGAAAGGUUAGGUCAGCAUUCAUGCUGUUAAAGAAAAUAUGGGAAUCAAACAAGCUGACUCUGCAAUCUUAAGUUAGAAUCUAAAAAAAAAAUGUCAAAUCAGUCUUACCAGACUACUCUGUUGAGACAGGACUUUGAGAAGAUCAGUGAGCAUCUAGUAGAAAGUACGGAACUCCACAAUCACUUGCCUUAAAAAGAUCUUGAGCAUAAAAUGGCCAAUCAUCAUCAAAACACCUUCUGGAGAGGACAUACCCUGAACAUCUUGCUGAUGACAUCUCAAUGAAAAGAUGGAGGAGAAAUGGGCACACUCUCCGCAAACGGCCAGGAAACAUCACUAGACAAUCCCUAACAUGGAACCCACAGGAGAAAAGGAAGAGAGGAAAGCCAAAGAAUACUUGGAUACACGAGUUAGAGGCAGACAAAAAAAAUAUGGGAUACACCUACAAGGAAAUAAAGGACAGAGAUGAGAGCAAAACUCCUAUAGAUAGCGUAUGCCUCAGGCAGGGUAGAAAGCUUUUUAAAAAAGUUUUUAAGAAAAAAUUAUUGGUCAUGAUAAUUUAAAGAUGAUCGUGACUUUGAGAUGCUUAUCAGAUUAUAAGCUUAGGUCUGCCUUUGAGCCAUUUUCCUCUGGGGUUUUGUUGAUGCACCCUCUUCACUCUUAUGUCAUUUGUUGUUUUUUUCAUGCAUUUCAUAGUGCUACAAUUAAAAUGGACUAUUUGGUGUAUCAGGUUUUGCUAGGAGUCUUAAUUAAGGAAGUUCAAUCAAAAAUGAUAUAAUAUCAUUCAUCCUUCAGUUCUGUGUUCUGAGCAGUGAUUUAGUUGAAGUGAUGGCAACAGUCAUGAAACUUAUACAUUUCAUAUGAAGCAAUUUGUCGUUGCAGCAUGGUCUUUAUUAAAGUUUCAUAGAUGAUUCAAGUGCAGAACACUGUGAUUUGCGCGUGGAUUACCCCUGACUUAAUGGGCUUAAUAUUUUGCUACAAGGUAAAAUCAAGAUUUGUCAUGGAGCUUCAACAGAAAUGGAAUUCUCUUCAGAACAAACUUGCACCAUUUGCAUUUUGCAAAGAAAAAUUAUCAGAUGAGUUUUUAAGCCAAUGUAAAGAUUUUUUAGGACUCCCAGGAACGUUUAUUUUAGUUACAGAUCUGUUUAUUUUCCUGCCUAAUUGUAAUUGGAUAGUUGCUGCUGUGGCUUCCUUUCGCACAUUUAGUCCAGCUGCUCUUCUGCUUGAAACAGCAUGUUAUUUGCAGAUUAACAGCAUCCAAAUAUCGGAGGGGGGGGACGGACUAACAGUUAAAGUCUUGUCCAUGUUCGGCUCAACUAAUAUAUUAAACAGCGUUUUCAACAGUGAACAUCAAGGCAAAGUUUUUCCGUUUAAUCACAGAUAAACAUAUUGAAAACUCAAUCUGAGUAGCUUUGAUACUCACCAGAUGACCAGACCAUUUUGAGUACCGGUACAGUAGUAAAAGUCAGUUUCAUUUCUUACACUGACAGUUUUCAGCAGCCAAGGAAAGCAAAUUUGAAUACUGCUUUCCUUUUAAUAAAGUUAGUGAACUAAAAAAUUAUUGAAAUUCAAUACUACAAUAAAGUUAAGUUCACUGUAAUUCACUACUAACAUUCUCUAACAAAUAAAUAACUUUAUUUAAAAAAAGUUGAUAUAUUAAAUAGUCACCUUAACCUUACUUUGAAUUUAUGAUAACAUGACCUAUGAAUGCUAUGGCCAUAGUAAUUUAGGCGUAAGUCAACAUGGGGAAUGUCCUGUACAGUGGUUGUGCCCCCAGAACAUGUUCAAUCCAAAAAUCUGGCCUUUGGGCCGAAAAGUUUGUGUACCCCUGGUCCAGAGGCUGUGGUGGGUUUGAAUUGGAUAACUUUAACAUUGAUCACAUUAACAAAGAAAAAAAUAAUAAAACCUUAUGAUUUAGCAAAAUAAGCUCCCACAGUCCUUCUGAUGUAAAGUCAUUUUGUUAAAUGAUAUAAUAACAGUGGCCAGGGGUGAACUGUCAAAAGCACAUCACUAAAACACAUAAUCUUCAAGAGUGCCUUUCAAAGCAGUUUCCCCCUUUGCCCCACCCGCCCAGGUUUGCCACUGUAUUUAAAAAAAACCCAUUAAAUUCUGCAGCCUUUGUAAUUUUUAAAAUUAUUUUUUUUUAAUGCAAUUUUCUGAGCCACACUUCAAGUGACUUUAAAAAUUUAAUUUCAGAUUGCUUAAAAGAAUGGCGGUUGAUACUGCAACUGCAGAUCCUAAAAAUACAUUCAAGAUCUUGAUAGCCUCAGAUAUUCACCUAGGUUAUAUGGAAAAUGAUCCUAUCAGGGGAAGUGACUCAUUAGUUACCUUUGAGGAAAUAUUGUCAAUUGCUCGGGAAAAAAAGGUUGAUUUUAUUUUGCACGGUGGGGAUUUAUUUCAUGAAAACAAACCAUCACGAAUAACAUUACAUGGAUGCCUAGCCCUGCUUCGUGAGUACUGCAUGGGCGAUAAACCUGUUCACUUUGAAUAUCUCAGUGACCAGUCUGUGGACUUUAAACACUGUAAAUUCCCUACAGUAAAUUACGAAGAUCCCAACUUUAAUGUUUCCAUUCCAUUAUUUUCUAUUCAUGGAAAUCAUGAUGACCCAACAGGACCUGGAAACUUGUGUUCUUUGGACUUAUUACAUACAGCUGGACUUGUAAACUAUUUUGGCAAAGCCUUAUCAUUAGACAAAAUACAAAUCUCUCCAUUGCUCCUUGAGAAAGGAGGAACAAGACUUGCCUUGUAUGGGCUGGGCUCAAUCAGAGAUGAACGCUUACACAGAAUGUUUCUUAAAAAGGUAUUAUACUAUAAUUUAUACGUAUUCAGUUAUAGCUGGUUUUUAUAAAACUUUUAGCAUGAUUUUCUUGAAUGCAAUAAACUUGUUAACUUAUUUUGAUAUAUAAUAGCUUUGCUUUGACCAAUAUACUCUAUUAUAUCUGGCUAAUUCAUUUUAUCAAAUUAUGACAACAUAAUUAUGAAAAUUUAUUGAAGAAUUUGAAUUAAGUUCAGGCUCUAGUAAUAAAGAAGACACCAUUUAACAAAUGUCUCUUAAGUUAUGGAUUGUAGUUUUAAAAACUUUUUACUUUCACAAGAUACGAAGUAAUGUGAUGUAGGAAAUUUCUUUUUAUGUAUUUUGCAUUUUAAAAUACAUGAAAGUUCCAUGGUCAUGUUUAACAAAAUUAAUGCACCAUUCACAUAACAAGGAUUUUCUUACACGUUUGCUUUUAUAUUUAAACUUUUAAGUACUUGAGAAUACUAAGUUUCGAAUUAUUCAUUUUUUUUUUGGAUAAGUAACAAUUCUCUCCAAUUCAUUCAUUUCCUACUAAUUUUCUUUUAUUUUGACAUUGUUUACCUAACUUGAAUAUUGAUUUCACAACUAGGAUGUGUCAAUGCUCAGACCAAAAGAACAUCAAGAAAGCUGGUUCAACAUGUUUGUUCUUCAUCAGAACCGAGCUAAACAUUCACCCACUAGCUACAUACCAGAGCAGUUCCUGGAAGAUUUUCUAGACCUUGUAAUAUGGGGACAUGAACAUGAGUGUCGUUUGAAUGUCAGUGAGAAGAAAGUUGAAUGGAAUGAAAUACAGCAGCUCUUUGUUUGUCAACCAGGAAGCAGCAUUGCAACUUCUUUGAGUGAAGGUUUGAAAUCUUUGUGAUUUUUGUGUGUGUUAUUUGUGAAUUUGCGCUAGGGAAUUACAUGAUAUACACAUUAGUUUCUAAUGCUCAUCAAAACUCUAUCAAUAAUAUAUCAAUAUCUCUUCCCUGUCUAAAGAACAUUUCUGCAACUGCCUGUAAUAAAUUCGUUUUUUUCCUAUGAUGCUAUUACUAAAAAAAAAAAAAAAAGACUAUUGUCUGAAUUAAUUUUAUAUUUCAUUGUGGAAUUCACAUAAGGUGUUGAUGUCAUUAAUGUCAAUAAUUAUCAGAUUAGUGAAGCCACCUAUCUUAUUUGCACCUAUUUUGUAAUCAUUAGAAGCAAAAAUAUUUAAUUGCAUUAUUUUUUCCUUUUAAUGUUUUUCAAUUGUUUAAUAUUAAUCUAUAAGAUAAUUAUGUAAAAUUUAAUUAACAUUUCUGUUACCGGUAUUUGUUUUUAUGUUCUACUGAAGAAGGCAUUAACCAUGACAUAAAAAUGUCUAUUUGUCUUAUAAUUAGAGCUUACAUACACUGUUUUAUUUAAAAAAAUUGUUUGUAUGUGAUUGAUUUACUUUCAUUACAGUUUGCUACCCAAAUUCUUAACUUUUAAUUCUUAAUUUUAACUUUUAAUUCUUAAUUUGUUUUAAGUAAAUACUCCUAAAAACAUAGUAAAAUCUGUUAUAUUGUAAAUAAAUUCCCAGCUAUAGUUUGACAGAAUUAUAAAUUGCCUCACUGCAUUAUAUUUCACAGGAGAAAUGGUCCCUAAACAUGUUGGUCUUUUAGAAAUUAAUGGCAAAAAUUUCCGCAUGCAAUCAGUGGCCCUCAAAUCGGUGAGGCAGCUUUACAUGCAAGAUAUAGUUCUAAGUAAAUACAUAAAGUCUAGUGAACCGAAGAGCCAGCAGAAAGCUGAGGAGAUUUGUGCCGAAAAAGUGGAGGAAUUAUUAGCAAAAGCAGGUACGUUAUUUUAAUAAAGUUAGAUAGUGGAGCUUCAUAAAAUGUUUUUGAUAAAAGCAAAAUUUAGAUUAUGACACUGCAUGUUCCAAUGAUACUAUUCAUAAUGAAAUAUAAAGUUAUACAAGGGAUAUAACAUUCUCUUAUUUAAAUUAUUUAAGAAAAAGAGCACACAGGCAGUACAAAACAGCCCCGUCAACCAUUAGUGAGAUUGAGAGUUGACUACACUGGAUUUGAGCCAUUCAGCUCUCAAAGGUGAUGCUAAUAAAAAUAACAGGAGAAAGUAAAUAUGCCACAAAUAUUAUAUCACCACAAUAAAUUUUGAAAAUUAAUAAAAGUAAAUUUUUUCUCCUAUUAUUUUAGAUGGGAUUAUUGAUAUUUUUGUGAGUUAUAUAAUAAUUAUGUGUUAUUAAAAAAAAACACUUUAUAAAUCAGAGCAUAAAUAAGGCAUGUGAAUAUGUCACAUGUGAAGUAAAGGUUUAGGUUUUUUGCGGGUGUAAGCUGAUGAAAGUUUGUGGAGACCUAAAAGUAUAUCUAUAUUGAUAAUAUCAUUCCAUGGUUAAUAUUUAAAAAACAAUUUUGUUUUUGUUAUAGGUUUGGGCAGAAAUUUGUUGACAAAGUAGCCAAUCCCAAAAUGCUUCUUCAAUUUUAUAGACAGAAAGUGGAAAGAUCAACAUUUAAAGAUGGUGUGUUGAAUUCAGUAAAUGUAAACAUCAUGCAAAGGAGCAUAGGACAAUAUUCUUAGUAUAUUUAUUUUAAAAAUGUGUUUUUUUGAAGUCCGGAUAGCAACAAAUGUUGGUCUAUUUAUUUUAGUAUAGUUUUUCGACUGUACUAAUAUUGAAAAUUUUCAUUAAUGUUUUUAAAGUUCUUUAAAUUAAUUCCAUAGUCAGAUCUGAAAAAUAGUUGAGCAUCAAUAUAGGAUUUAUUUCCAUUAAUUAGUCUUGAAAAAUUAUGUAGUAAAGAUGUUCAAGUGAUCCAGAAAAUAAAGGAUGUAAUUGAAAGUGAUCUAAACUUAAAUUUAGUACAGGAAAAAAAUUUUUUUAGCCACAUGGGGCUAUAUGAAAUAAUUUUUCAGAGUAAAUCUAUCCGCAAUUUUUUUUUCCCGCUAUAGAUCCUGAACUUUUUGAAAGAAUUAAAAAUGUUGCACUGGACAGCACAAGAGUCGAGGAUAUGGUAGCUAAAAUUGUGGCAGAAGGAGGGGUAAGAGUGUAAUUAGUAUCUCAUCAAAUGUGCAUGGAUUCUCCACAAAUAGAGAUGGCAUUUAGCAUGCCUUAAAAUAACUUAAUCUCUUGGUGAAUACAACUUCAGCAUAUGAUGUGGUUUCGCAAUGAGUCUUAAUUGAUUAUACCAAUGUAACCUAAACUAUGGCACAGUUAUUCAGUCUCCUCUCUCUCCACAUAGAUCUGUUGGUGAGAGACAAUUGCAUUAACAACCUCUGGGGGUAGAAGUAUCUCUUUGAGCUAUCGAAUAUAUUGCCAAAGGUUCUAAUCAACCAUUAACAUUUUUAAAAAAAAUAUUGCAAAGCUAAAUAUUUUAACCCUUCUUUAACAAUUUUUUAAAAAUCUCUCUAUUGCGUAAUUUAUUAAUUUAUAUUUUAAAAUUACAUAGCAGUUUACAUGUGUAUCAAAUGCAAAUAUGAUUUGAUAGUUGCAACACUUGGUAUUAAAAAUAGAUGAAAACCUUAACAAAAUUUGUCAGCUUGUUUGUUCAGUAGGGUUUAGAUUAGUGGUCCCCAAACUUUUUAUCGCCGCGGACCGGUCAACGUUUGAUAAUUUUACAGCGGCCCGCAGAUGGGUUGGGAGUGUUGAUUGUUUAUAUUUUGGAUUGUUUGGAUUGAUAAUUUUUAUUUAAUUGUAGUUAAACAUCCCUUCAAAGUAAAAUAAAAUUACAUCAAAAAUGAAUAUAACCUGAUUUAUCAUUUUAACUCACUAGAAAGCUAAAUCAAUGAGAACCAUGAGCUUGUUUUUAUGCAACGAGAUGGUUCCAUCUGGGGGUAAUAGGAGACAAUGACACCCGAAGUGUGUUGCUUAUGUCCAGUUUAUUCUGUUGUUUUGUUUUGGUUGCUGUCACUGCAGAAAACCCCGCUUCACACAGAUAGGAUGUCGGAAAUGGCAAUAGGGAUUUAAGUUCUGUGGUGGCAAUCCUAGGGUAUUCCAACAUUGAUAUUUUAAUUCACUAUUAAGAUACCAUAUAAAGAAGAAUUUAGUGCCCGCUGUGACUGCCCUCUCUGCCCUAUUCUCAUCGCUCUGCCCGAGGGCAACAUGGCACCCAGAGUGACGCAUAAUAUGGGGACCACUGGUUUAGAUCAUACAAAUACAAUAAAUACAUGCUUCUUUUUCUUACAGUAUCAGUUAAAGUUAUUGAGUGAGAAAGGAAUGGGGGAAGCAAUAAAAGAAUAUGUGGACAAGGAUGAAAAGGGAGCUAUAGGUGAAUUGGUAAAAUACCAGUUAAAGAAGACACAGGUAUGAGAUGUUUGAUAUUGACAUGAUGUAUUUUAAUUCAUAUUUCUUAUGCUAGUAUUUAAUAUAUGUAUAUAUAUAUAUUCACAUCAGCAUCAAGGAUUAUGGAAGAGAACACCUCAAUUAUCUGGUGUCCCCAAAUAAUGUUUAAUUUUAAACAUAUACAUAAAAUAGCUAUUUAUAUCAUCCUGGAUUACCUCUAUCUUUCCCCCGGUCAUUGCACCACUGUCAACAACUGCUUGCAGUGUAGUGGUUGAAGGGGUGUAACAGUAUAGUAUUUUGUAACUAUUGCCCACGAUCCUGUGUCAUUAGCUUAAAUAACAGAAUGAAAUUAAUACACUCACUUGCAGGGCUACUUACAUAUGCGCAACACAGCUGAAGACAGAAUUGAUGAGGAUGUUGUACGAUACAAAGAGGAAAGAAAGAGAACAUCUGGGGAGGAAGAAGAGGAAGUCAAGGCAGCCAUCAAGGUAGCUCAAACUAAGCGAGAAUCUCAGCCUAGAAAUGGGGAUGGAGACAUCUCGGACAUUGAUAAUGAUGGGGAAAGCAUGGAGACACCGCAAGCAACAAGGGGGCGAGGUCGGGGGAGAGGAAGCAGA